GUUUGUGAUCUAUACAGUAUGUUAUUGUCUUUUCUUUUUCUUUUUUAAUUUUUUUUUUAUUCUACUAAUGAAAUUCUCAAAUCCCUCCCUUCUUUGGGGGCUUGCACAACUUCUUAAGGUGUUUUGAUCUAUAGCAGUCUAGUGGUAAAGUGAGCAUAUUCUAAGGAUAAGGGUGUUGAGAUGUAAUAAUUUUUUCAUAUACAAUUUCUGUGAUGACUUCUUGUUCGCCUUCUGCCACUCCCUGUUUUUGUUACACUGUUAAGCAUGCUGCCAAGAGUGAUAUCAAAAAAAUUUCUUGAGGGUGUCAGCAGAUGAAUAAAUAUGUAAUUAUCGGAUUUUGAUUGUGUUACAAUGAAACUCUUGUCGUAGUUAAUCCUUUAUUUGAUCUUUAGUUUGGAUAUGUUUAUAAAAAUAUUAUAUUGUUACUUUUGCAUUAAUUCAAUAUUUCUAUUAAUAGAUGAGUAUGUGUUUAUAGAAAAUAAUCAAUUACUGUUGCAAUAAUUUUGACAUUUCUACUUAUGGACUAGUAGCAUUAUCAAUUGACAGAGGUUGGGACAUUUAACUCAUUAAUGUUGUUUUGAGUGUUCUUUCUAGUAUUCAGUUUCUUUAUUUUAAGGUAUGUUAGUUGCAUUGUCUGACUGUUUUUGAACUGAAAUGAUGUUUGCGAAUUCUCUCGCGAUGUGUUGUCAUGCCAUCUCUAAAUUGCUCGAAGCACCUCCUCAACACAACCAAGGGGUCUCUGUUUGAGUGCAUCUCACCUUCUCCACUCAUGAUUGCUACUCAAUAUAUUUUUGGCUCAGUCAAAUCAGUCUCCAUCCAAGUGUGCCCCGUUCCAAGAUUAGUACACCUCUUUAGCACCUGCUCAGCUUGCCUAGAUAGUUCCAAUUGGGUGGUGCCCGGUCUCUGAAAGGGCGUUAGCAUCUCCAUGAUCAUCUUGGUUGGGAGCAGGGCCUAAGAAUCUCACCUGGGAUCGUGGGAAGACUUGAGGCUUAGAGACUUAUCGUGAAAGAAUUGUGACAACUUAAUUCCUUACUAUGGUGAGAAUGUUUAGUAGAUGUUAGAUGACGGAGAUGCCUUGGGCAUCUACCUUAAACUCUCUCCUGGUGAAGCCUGAACAUCAACAACUCAUAGUUGAUGCUGGAGCUCUGCCUCAUCUUGUGGACCUGUUGAAGAGGCAUAGGUAUGGUAAAAACUCUAAGGCGGUCAAUGGUGUUAUUCGAAGAGCAGCCGAUGCAAUCACCAACCUUGCUCAUGAGAACAGCAGCAUUAAAACCCAUGUUAGGAUUGAAGGUGGAAUCCCGCCCCUAGUUGAAUUGCUAGAGUUUAUUGACUCAAAAGUUCAGAGAGCAGCAGCCGGAGCCCUACGAACCCUUGCCUUUAAAAAUGAUGAGAACAAAAAUCAGAUUGUGGAAUGCAAUGCUCUACCUACUCUUAUUCUAAUGCUUCGGUCUGAGGAUGCUGCCAUACAUUAUGAAGCGGUUGGUGUGAUUGGGAAUCUCGUGCAUUCAUCCCCAAAUAUUAAGAGAGAAGUUCUGCUUGCUGGAGCUUUACAACCUGUUAUCAGUUUACUCAGUUCCUGCUGUUCAGAGAGCCAAAGGGAAGCAGCUUUGCUACUAGGGCAAUUUGCUGCUACUGAUUCAGACUGCAAGGUGCACAUUGUUCAGAGAGGUGCUGUCCAACCAUUAAUUGAGAUGCUUCAGUCCCCAGACGCACAGCUGAGGGAAAUGUCAGCAUUUGCGUUGGGGAGGUUGGCACAGGAUACUCACAACCAAGCUGGGAUUGCCCAUAGUGGUGGUAUAGAGCCCUUGCUAAAGCUUCUUGAUUCAAAAAAUGGAUCUCUGCAACACAAUGCUGCCUUUGCUCUUUAUGGCCUUGCAGAUAAUGAGGACAAUGUUGCAGAUCUUAUAAGGUUUGGAGGCAUUCAGAGGCUUCAGGAUGGAGAAUUCAUUGUCCAACCAACUAGGGAUUGUGUAGCCAAGACUCUCAAAAGAUUAGAGGAGAAGAUCCAUGGACGAAUAUUGAGCUAUUUGUUGUACUUGAUGCGGGUUGCAGAAAAGGUUAUUCAAAGUAGAAUUGCUUUGGCUCUUGCACAUCUUUGUUUGCCUGAUGAUCAGAAGGCUAUUUUUAUUGACAAUAAUGGACUGGAGUUGCUUUUAGAGCUUCUUGAAUCAACAACCAUGAAGCACCAACGAGAUGGCUCUAUGGCUUUAUACAAGUUGGCUACCAAAGUCAAUUCCGUCUCUCCUGUGGAUGCAGCUCCCCCAUCACCAACCCCACAGGUGUAUUUGGGUGAACAGUAUGUAAACAAUUCUACACUUUCUGAUGUUACAUUUUUAGUUGAAGGCAAGCGAUUCUACGCUCACAGGAUUUGUCUGCUUGCUUCUUCUGAUACGUUCCGUGCAAUGUUUGAUGGUGGUUACCGGGAAAGGGAUGCCAAAGAUGUAGAGAUUCCAAAUAUCAGAUGGGAUGUUUUUGAAUUGAUGAUGAGAUACAUAUACACAGGAUCAGUGGAUGUCCAUUUAGAUAUUGCACAGGAGCUUCUCAGAGCAGCUGAUCAGUAUCUUUUGGAAGGUCUCAAACGUCUUUGUGAGUAUGCCAUUGCACAGGACAUUUCAGUUGAAAAUGUUUUACUCAUGUACGAGUUAUCAGAGGCUUUUAAUGCUACAUCAUUAAAGCAUGCAUGUAUCCUGUUUAUUUUGGAGAAGUUUGACAAGCUUAGUAAUAUGCCAUGGUACUCUGAUCUUAUUCAACGUGUUUUACCAGAGAUGCACAAUUACUUUGCAAGACUACUUACUAGGCAUAUCCAAGCUGACUUGCAGCAAUAGAUUGUUCUUCUCAUUUCUGGUCAUUGGUUCAAUAGUAAGAGCACAAAAUUGUACAGAAGUAAACAUUAAUUUUGUGAUUGAUGCAGAAAUGGAAGAAGCAAG